ACUUUUUUCUUUCUUUUCCAAUCUUUUGCCAAGAGCGGACGAAAUGGCUGCCCACAAAUCGUUUCGAAUUAAACAAAAAUUAGCUAAAAAGCUAAAACAAAACCGAUCGGUGCCCCAAUGGGUCCGUCUACGUACCGGAAACACAAUCCGCUACAACGCUAAGAGGCGUCACUGGAGGCGUACAAAGUUGAAGUUGUAAGCUGCUGGGAUAUUCAUCUUCAAUGUGGUUAAACCGAAAUCCAAUAACCACGAGGAGGAGCCGAGAUUUGCAAGACACUUCAAUUUAAUUCUAAUUGUGCAAGCUAUUGUUUAGUUAUCUAAUAAAGAUACGUUUGUAAAAAAAAA